AUGCCUCUCGCCUUCGAUCCUGCCUGGCUACCCGCCCUGGAACCAUUGCUCCCCAUAUUGACCGCUCGGCCCGUUCCCAAGAUUCACGACGUUCAAACCCGCCGCGACAAUCUGGCUGUCUUGGGUGAGCUCAACUCUAAGCUGCCCGACCCUGGAAACCUUGUUCAAGAGCGUCUCACCUUUACUUCAUACGAUGGCGCAUCCGUUGACAUUCUUUACUCACACCGGGUCCCACUUUCGAUGGAUGCCCCGACCGCUGCCAUCGUCCAUGCACAUGGUGGUGGUUAUAUCGCUGGCUCGGUCGACAUGUUCGCCAAGAACAUCGCUCUCUGGGCUGCCGAGCACGGGGUGCCAACAUUUAGCGUAAAUUAUCGCAAGGCCCCUGAGCACCCGCACCCUACACCUGUUGAAGACUACUAUGCAGGCCUCAAAUUUGUGCAAACCAAUGCUUCGCGCUUCAACAUCGAUCCGGCGCGCAUCGCCGUCUUUGGGGAGAGUGCGGGUGGCGGUCUUGCUGCGGCGGCGGCGCUUUUGGCGCGUGACCGUCAACUCGACCCGCCCAUCGCGAAACAGGUCCUCGUGUAUCCUAUGUUGGAUGACAGAAAUCUCACGCCCAUACCGGGUAUCGAGCCGUUCGCAGUGUGGAACUGCGAAAGCAACAUCAUGGGCUGGACGGCACUGCUGGGCGCGGACAAGGCGGGUAAGGAGGACGCGGAUGUAAGUCCGUAUGCGGCGCCCGCGAGAGCACGGAGCUUGGAGGGUUUGCCCAGAACCUACAUGGAUUGUGGUGAGCUGGACAUUUUCAAGAGCGAGGAUCUGGAAUAUGUCAGCAGACUGGCGCGCGCGAACGUCAGUGUCGAGUUUCAUCUGUAUCCAGGCGUGCCGCAUGUGUUCGAAGCGUUGGCGCCGGAGAUCUGGGCGAGUAAGGCUGCGAGGGCGAACCGGAUUAGAGCGUUACAAGACUUCUGA